AUGUCAAACAAAGGUCCAAUUGGAAUUGCUGAACAAUUGAACUAUCUCAUUCAAUGGUUUAUGGAAUACAGUGAGAUGCAGAAAGACGAUUUCUAUAAUAUUCUCGUUGAAACUUAUUCACAUCAAGAUGUCAACGGCAUGUCCAAUUCUAUGAAUAGCUUAGAAUUGAAUGAGCGUCCUCCGAGUAUUUUCCAAUGUCGUAUGAAAUUGUUUCGAGAAUGGCAUGCCUCCUGGAGCGAGGAAGAGAAGCUUGAAUUUUUGGCUCGCUUAGGACGAAUGGACGACAAAUUCAUGGAGAAAUUCAAUGAUGAAAUGGGUUUUAAGAACGGCGAAUAA